GAGAUUAUCGCCGGAAUGCGUGUCAUAAAGAUGUACGCCUGGGAACAGCCCUUCGCACAGUUGGUCGCAACCGCUCGCAAAUGCGAAGUGAAACACAUCCGGUCGUCAAACUUUUUAAAAGGCGUCAAUCUUUCGGUAUAUUUUGUUAUAUUACGAGUUAUAGUCUACGCGUGUUUUGUCACAUAUAUACUAAUGGGAGGGAAGUUGACGGCGGAGACAGCCUUUGCCACAAUUGCAUACUUUAAUGCCAUGCGUUGGUCAAUGGCUAAGAAUGUACCCCUCGCUAUAGCCGCUCUCAGUGAACUAAUUAUAGUUCUUAAACGCAUCCAGAAUUUUUUAUUACUCGAAGAAAUAAGUAAAUUGGAUGUAAAAGAAGAGUUGGACGAGACGUGCAUUUCUGGGGAAAAUGAGAUAAAAAUGGAAAACACUUUCAGUAAUGAAGAAAAGGGUGUUUUUAUGGACAAAAUGAGCGUUCGUUGGAAUAAU